AUGGCGCCAGCCGCAGCCACGGCGGGCGACCUCCGAGGGCUUCUGGAGAGCGCCCGGCCAGAGUGGAACCAGGCGGAGCUCACAAAGGUGGAGGCCAAGCUGCUCGCCCUCGGUGUCGGCACGGCGGAGGGGCUGGAGCGAGUGCUGGCCGAGGGCACGCUCAACGCCCUCCUGCGCGCCAAGGGCAUGCGUGCUUUCGGUGCAGACACCCUGGCGGCCCUGCGCCAGCAGCUCGGCAGCGGCGCGGCCACGCGCCCCGCACGCACGGCGCCGCCGAGGUCGCUGCGGCCUGCUCCGCGCAAGAGCCCCACGGUGGAGGCCGAGGCCGAGGCGCACGCGGAGCGCGGCGGGGCGCCAGGCGGCAGCGUGGCCGCGAGAGCGGGGGCUUGCGGCGUGGACUUGGCCACGCUCGACCCAGGGGCGGACGUGGAGGCGCUGCUGGAGCGGCUGGAGAGGCUGGAGCGCAUGACGGCGGGGCAGCUCGCUCUCGUCCGCGAGGAGCUGGGCUUCGCAGGCUGCGGCGACGCCCCCGACCUCACCCGCGGGGAGCUCAAGCCGAUGGUGCACGACGCGCUGGUGUGGCAGCACCUUGGCCUGGGGGCCCUCCGAGCCAGAUGCGCGGCGCUGGGGCUGACGGCCCACGGCGACGAGCCCAGGGACGACCUGGCGUGCUGGCCAGCGCGGCGCUCCUGGGAAGAGGUUGGGGUGCCCGUGGACAGGCUGCCUCACUUGGAGGCCGCGCGCGAGGUCCUCAGGGAGCUCCAGAGCCUGGAGGAGUGCGCGCCCCAGCGCCUCCCCGAGUGGUGCGCAGAGCGGGGCCUGCAGCACCCAGCCGGCCGCGAGCCGCACUCGGUGAGGCGGCGGUUGAGGCGGGAGAUCGUCUGGGAGCGCAUGCCGCUCUCGGAGUUGCGGCGGGAGUUGCGGAGCGACGGCGCCGGCUCAGCCAGCGACGACCCCAUUGGCGCCCUGCCCCAGGUGGGCCGCGGGGACGUGAUCCGCGAGCUUGGCCUGGCCAUGGACGGCUCGAGCGCGGGCGCGGUCGCCCUGGCGUCGCGGUUUGGGGGCCCCGAGGCCGCCGAGAGGGUGCUGGCGCGGAUGGACCUGCAGUGGGCAAUGGGCCCCUUGUCGCUGCGGGCCGAGCACGCGCGCGUCGGGCUGCCUUUCGAAGCGGGCGCUGGGCGCGCCGAGGUCUUGGACCGCCUGCGGGGUGCGGUCGUCUGGGAGCAGGCGGCGCCCAGUGCCCUCCGGACUGCGUGCAGGGAGCUCGGGUUGGACGAUUCUGGCGUCGCCGAAGCGCUGCGGAGGCGACUGAUGCACGCGCCCUCGUGCGAGGCGUGGGGGCAGCUACGGGCCCCCCCAGGCGCUCCACCAGCCACCUCCGAGGCGGCGGCCCCGCUGGAAGCAGCGCAGGCGCCGCCCGUCGACGCCGACCAGGCCUCUCGGAACGAAGAGCUGAGCGCGGCGGCGGACGCUUCCGAGGAGGAGCCAUCCAGGGCGCGGGCGCUGGAGAAGGCGGCCGCGGCGGACCAGCCGAGGGCGCCUCACCUGUGCGAGGCGUGGGGGGGCUCGCGGGUCCCCCCAGGCUCUCCACGGACCACCUCCGAGACGGCGCCGCAGGGCAUGACGCAGGCGCCGCCCGCGUGCGCCCGUCGAGUCACUCGGCACGAAGAGCUGAGCGCGGCGGCGGACCCUUCCGAGGAGGAGCCCUCCCGGGCGCGGGCGCUGGAGAGGGCGGCCGCGGCGGGCCAGCCGAGGGCGCUUCACGAGGCGUGGGGGCGGCCGCGGGCCGCCCCAGGCUCUCGGCCGGCCACCUCCCAGGUGGCGCCGACGGGCGCUGCGCGGGCGCCGCCCGCAGAGGCGCCUCAGGCCACUCGGCGGGAAGAGCUGAGCGCGGCUGCGCAGGCUUCGGAGGAGGAGCUCUCCAGGGCGCGGGCCCUCGGGGUGCCCGUCGCGAGCCUGCGGGCCGGCUGCAACGUGACCGCACUCCUCGACCAGGUUGACGGCCUCGGGCGCCUGGCCGCGCCGCGGCUGGCGCGAGAGCUGGAGCAGAGGGGGCGCCCGACCGACGAGCUGCUGUCGAGGGCGGAACUCAGGGAGCAACUGCAGCGGGUGCUGAUCCAGGAGGAGGGCACCGUGCAGAUGCUGGCGGCCGCCUGCGCGGGCUUCGGCCUUGAGUUGGGAGGCGGCGAGGCUGCUCGCAGCCGCGCCGAAUUGCUGAGCCUGCUCGCCCAGUGCGAGUGGGAAGCGCUGGGCGUGCCAGCCAGCCGACUGCCCGACGCCGCCGCCUGCCGCCGCGUGUUGGAUCAUUUCCGGGUCUUGGAUGGCCACGGACCAGAGGAGCUCGCGGGAGAGUGCCGCAGGCUUGGAGUGCCCCGGCAGGCGUACGCGGCGGCAUUGCUCGCGGACCUGAGGCAGUGCGCUAUCUGGGCGGAGCUCCCGCUAGAGGAGCUGCGGAGGGAGUGCUUGGCGUACGACGUCGCGGGGCCAGUGUCGGAGGCGGACGCGGCUGGGCUCAUCAAGGAGCUGAAGGCUUGCUUGGGCGCCCACCGGUGCAGAGCCCGCGGGAUCCCUCCGGAGGUCCUGGGCCUGCACGUGGCCACGCAGCUGCUGUGGCAGGUGGACGCGCUCCAGGCCGCCGGAGUCGCGCGGCUGGAGGCCGAGCACGUGCGGCGCGGCCUCGCCUUCUGCGCGGAGCUCGGGCCGCAGGGAUCGGUGGACAGGCUCCGAGACCUCCUGGUGUGGGAGCACAUGGGCGAGGAGGCUCUGCGGUCGGAGUGCUCCGAGCGCUCGCUGGACUGGUCUGGCGACCGGCGCGCGCUGCAGGCGCGGCUGGCGGCGUGGCAGCAGGCGGCGCUGCCCCUGCGGGCCCGCGGCGCGGACCCCGCCCAGCUCGGCAGCAUCGAGGCGGCCAGGCGGCUGGCGCAAGAGUUCGAGGCGAUCGAGGACGCCAGCGAUGACGACCUGGUCGCGCACGUCGCGCGGUGCGGCCUCGUCGGCGGCAGGGCUCUGCCCAGGGAGGCGCUGGCGAGGCUCGCGAAGGCCUCGCACCUGAUGCGGGAGCUUCCCGCCAGGGAGCUGGAGCGGGAGCGCCAGCGGUGGGGACUGCCACCAGUCGCCACCGAGUCGCGGGCCGCGCUGCUCGCGAGACUGCAGGAGCAGCAGUACCUGGACUGCGUGGAGGCCGCCGGCAUCCCCGCGCGCUCACUGGGCAGCGGUGCCACGCGGGAGGUCCUCGAGCUCUACGAGCAGUGGCUCGACAUGCCGCGCCCCGAGCUGCUCGCCGCGUGCCAGGGCAUCGGGCCCCUGGCCCUGCCGGCGGAGGGCUCGCUGCCGCAGGACCGCUCCGAGCUGCUCGCGGCCAUGCGCGACGUGGCGGCGUGGGAGCGCCUGCCUCUCCCGGAGCUGCGGCGCCUCUGCUCGUCGCGGGACCCCCCGGUGCUCGCCGGGGGCCCGGGCCACGGCGGCGAGGAGGACCCUUCGGAGGGCUUCUUGCCCCAGCUCGUGGUGGACCGCUUCAGGCCGUGCUACGAGCGCAUGGGGAUCCCCGUGGAGGAGCUCGGCACCCUGCAGGCCGCCCAGGUCAUCCAGCAGCACGCGGCGGUGGAGCAGAAGAGCGAGGAGACCCUCUGGAAGUGGUACGUGGGCAAGGGCCUCCCGAGGGAGGCCGCGAUGGCGAAGGCCGAGCUCGUGCACCUGCGCAGGCAGGCGCUCCUCUGGAGGUGGCAGCCCCUGGAGCGCCUGCGGCGGGAGUGUGCGGAGCAUCCCGCGCCGCCCGGCCACGCCGACGAGCGCACGUUCCUCGUGGACAGGCUGACGGAGCGCGAGUGCAUGCGCAUUUGGGACGGCCGUGGCUUCCAGGCCACUCGCAUCGGCUCCAUCGACAAGGCCGUCAUGGUCGUCGAGGAGUACGAGCGGCUCCGCGGGUUGGGCGACGAGGACUUGAGGAGCGAGUGGAACGGCCUCGGAUUCCAGGCGGACGUCGUGGCGCACCGGGGCAGGGAGGCCCUGCUCGAGGCCUUCCGGGAGGUGCUGGUGUGGAACGCGCUGCCGCUGCCCGACCUCGAGCGCGUGUGCGAGGCCAGGGACCCGCCGAUCAGAGCCUCCGGCGCCGUGACCAAGAAGAGGGAGGUCCGCAGCGAGCUCAUACAGCAGCUGGUGGUGGAUCGCUUCCGCAGGGACUACGAGGGGAGGGGCAUCCAGGUCUCCAAGAUUGGCCUGCUGAAGGCGGCGCAGGUGUCCGCGGAGUUUGCCUCCAUCGAGUCCAUGAGCGUGCCGCAGCUCACCGCCCAGUACGCCCGGAUCGGCAUCUCCCUGGCCCCCGGCGGCGCGCCCAGGCGGGAGCUCGCUGCGCGCCUCCAGGACGUCUUCCUCCUCGAAGCCCUGCCGCCCGCCGACGUCUUCGAGGAGUGCCUGGCCACGGGCGCCGAGGAGGAGCUGAAGUCGGCCUUGCUGGAGGUGCUCUUCACGAAGGGUUCCCGGGCCGCGUGCCCGGAGGCCCGCCCAGGCGCGCGCGGGCCCGCGGGGCUCGCCAGCGUCCCCGAGUAA